AUGGUGGAGUUAUUCUUGGUCAUUUUGGAAGCUACAAAAAGAAAGAAAGAAAACAUGGGUUCUGCUUCAAGAGUUGAAAGUAGCAACUACGAUUACUACUUUAAGGUUUUGUUGAUUGGUGAUUCUGGUUUUGGCAAGAGCAGUCUUCUUCUCAGCUUCAUCUCCAACUCUAACUCCAUCAAUGACCUCUCCCCCACCAUUGGAAUGGCAUAUAUUCUGAUCAUGGUUAGGACCAGAGGAUUAGAUCGUGCCUUAGGUCACGUUACUAGUAGAGGAGAUCAUGAUGAUUCCGAUGAUGCUCCGCUGCAUCGACGGCCUACCACAUCCGCACAAGGCAGCGAGUACCUGUGA